GUAAUUUUUGGUUGUCAUGAUUGAGUGUAAGUGAUCUCUUCUGAAACCAGAAUCUGUUAAUCCUGAAGGCGUGCAACUGCUCUUAUAGCCACUAGAUGGCGCCAUAGGCUUAAUUGGUUUGCAUGGUAUCCUAGCAACCAGGCCACCAGAAACCGGACUCAAACGCUUUAGUUGAAAACAAUUAUUAAUUGCGUCUGUUCUCUGGUAGGUAGACCUAAAAUUAUUUGCAUGUACAGAAUAAUCAGAGAAGUGCCUUGUGUAUGCUCCCAUGUAAUCAGCGAGAGUGAGCGCACUAAUGCCUGUUUAAACGUCAUGGAUGAGGAUAAUCGUGAAGAGGUGUCUGCGCCUCGGAUCUUCGUAGAGAGAACUUUGGCUUUAAUCAAACCUGAUGCCGCCCAUAAAGCUGAUGAGAUCGAGGACCGUAUUAUUCAAAGAGGAUUUUCAAUCCUGCAGAAGCGAAGGCUUCAGCUGAGUCCCGAGCAGUGCAGUGACUUUUACAUUGAGCACAAUGGGAAGCUGUUUUUCCCCCAUCUGACUGCCUUCAUGAGUUCUGGACCGGUUGUUGCUCUAGUGCUGGCCAGACAGCAGGCUAUUGCCACCUGGAAAGCUAUAAUGGGACCAGUCAACAGCAUAAAGGCCAGAGAGACACAUCCUGACUGUCUGAGAGCAAGAUUUGGCACUUGUGAUCUUCAGAAUGCUGUGCUCGGCAGUGAAUCAUUCUCUGCAGCUGAGAGGGAGAUCAGAUUCAUUUUCCCCAACUCUGUGAUUGAACCCAUUCCAUUGGGAGAUUACCUGAGCUGGAAUGUCAGUCAGACACUUCUCACUGGACUGACUGAGCUGUGCAAGAGGAAACCAACUGAUUCUUUUGUAAGUGUAAUUACAUGCUUUGCUGAACAAUAUUACAAUUUACUGGAGAUCUUAAAACAGUUAUGCCAAUUUCCUUUCUUCUUUGACAUCCUUGUUUUAAAGCAAUAUUUCACACAAAAAUGAUAAUUCUCUUAUAAUUUACUCACCCACCACAGUUAUGCCGUCUCAAACUCGCAUGACUUUCUUUUUCUGUG